UCCCCAGAAUGCUAAUGCCCCGGAAAGUCACGUCCGCCAUUGUAGCUGAAGAAGACAAAACAACACACGUGAUCAAGAUUGAUGGAUACUCAAGAACCAAGGAGCGGCUCAAGUGUGGCAGCUGUACGAAAUCUAUCCCUUUCAUUGCCGGAGAUCAUAUCUGGGUUGUCAUGUUUUUCCCAAACGGUAACAACCACUCAACUGGGUUCAUAUCUGGUCACAUCUCUCUUUAUCUGGCUCUUGCUUCAGCUGAUGCCAAGGACGUGAAGGCGGCAUUCACCUUUAGUUUACUUGACAAGGGUGGAGAACCGGUGCCUUCAUACAUCAGAACCAUCAACAAACACAUCUUCCCAAGAAAAGGUUCAGACUUUGGUUUCACUAAUUUUGUCAAGCACAAGGAUUUGGAGGGACCAUUGCAUCUUAUAGGGGAUAGUUUCAGAAUCAGGUGUGACGUCACCGUCAUUAAGAUGAUCCGUUGCGAAGAGACACAUCAUGCAAAUCAGUUUGUUGUGGUUCCUCCAAGCAACUUGCAUCAGCAGCUCCGUAGUCUCCUGGAAAGCAAGGACGGAGCAGAUGUGGCCUUUCAAAUCGGUGGCGAGAUAUUCUGGGCUCAUAGGUCCGUGCUCGCUGCUCGUUCACCGGUUUUCAAGGCAGAGUUCUUUGGCACCCUGAGGAAGAAAGAUGGUGAUCCGAUCGAAAUUAAUGAUAUAGAAGCUGCGGUGUUCAAGUCCUUGCUCCAUUUCAUCUACACGGAUUCACUCCCUGAGAGCACUCAUGAAGGUGCAGCACAAGAGGAUGUUGUGACAGCUAGCCAUCUACUUGUAGCGGCGGAUAGAUACGACAUUGAGAGGUUGAAGCUGAUAUGCGAGGAGAAGCUGUGCAGUCACAUUGACACCAAAAUGGUUGCCACGAGUUUGGCUUUGGCCGAGCAGCACAACUGCCAUGGACUCAAGGAGGCUUGCUUUGAGUUCCUUGCUUCCCCUUCCAAUUUGGAGGCAAUGAUCGCAAGUGAUGGCUACCAGCAUCUCAAAAGCAGUUGCCCGGCUGCUCUCAAAGAGCUCAUUGCUAGACUCUUGCCUGUUGAGCUGAUAGCAGCCAGGGAUAUUAUCAGGUCAAUUUGAUUAGUAUUUGCGUGUGUGGGUACUGAUGACCAUGUUGUCUAUCAAGUAAACUUAGUACUAUAUAUCUAUUUUGUGCCUGUGGGUUUGCUCUCAAAGAGCUAACUGCCAGGCUCUUGCCUAUUGGGUUGACAACAGCCAAGGCUAUUAUCAGAGAAUUUAAUCAGUAUUUGCAUGUA